UAGAUUCGAUCGGAUCAUUUCUGUCCCGUAAAGCGGUACCCAAUUAUAUCCAAGCAUGAAGGUACCGUGUGUCAGCCUUUUGGUAUUCAUCUUUGGUCUGCUCGCAGUACACGGUGUCGAUGUAUGCCGGUACGGUGAACAGUAUCGAUGUGGCCACGUCCUGUGUGAGAAAACUUGUGCCACGCUCGACAGCACUGCGCCUUGCACGGCAACGUGCACCAACGGGUGCUACUGUGCGCCCGGAUUCGUGCGUACCGCGUUCGGUAGCUGUUCGCCCCGGUUCGUUUGUCGGUAUAAGAACGGCGAUAUUACCCGGGAGUAAAUCGUGUACGAUGGCUACAAGUGUAAUUGAAUAAAUGCAAUCUACAACUAAAAAGGGCUGUUGCAUGCUUAUGGUUUUAUCUCUUUAGUGAUAGUUUUAAUUUCCGUUGAAAGAGAAAAGUCCUUCAAUUAAAAAAAACUAAACAACCGAUUAUCAUUACGGAAAAGUAAAUGCUACUUACAAAGGGGAAGAAAUAAUCAAACAAAGUUAUGGAAAUUGU